AACGGUGAACGUAACGAGACGGUGAGAGAGACUACAGAGACAAUGAGUUCUGAGCCACUCACUCGCUCUGAGGUGGUUGGACAACUGAGGAAGGAGUUGUAUGGAGAUGACCAGUCCCACCAAACUGAGACGCACAUCUUCAUUAUCUUAGGAGCCUCAGGUGAUCUUGCCAAGAAGAAGAUAUAUCCCACAUUAUGGUGGCUGUUCAGAGACGGACUGCUCCCCAAAGAGACCUACUUUGUGGGCUUUGCCCGCUCCCACCUGACAGUGGAGGACAUCAAGACUGCAUGUCUGCCACACAUGAAGUUGGCUGACGGUGAGAGCGAGGCUCUGUCAGCGUUCUUCAGCAGGAACUCCUACCUGUCAGGCAGGUAUGACGACGGGGGCUCCUUCUCCCGGCUCGACGCCCACCUGGCCUCCCUGUCUGGGGGGCCUGACGCCCACCGCCUCUUCUACCUGGCACUGCCCCCCAGCGUCUACCAUCACGUCAGCAAGAACAUCCAGGCCCACUGCAUGAGCCACAAAGGCUGGAGUAGGGUGAUAGUGGAGAAGCCAUUCGGACGUGACCUUCAGAGCUCCAAGGAGCUUUCUGUCCAUCUCUCCUCCCUCUUCACAGAGGAGCAGAUCUACCGGAUAGACCACUACCUGGGCAAGGAGAUGGUGCAGAACCUGAUGGUUCUUAGGUUUGGGAACAGAAUCUUUGGGCCGAUCUGGAACAGGAACAGUGUAGCCUGUGUGGUGCUCACCUUCAAGGAGCCCUUUGGCACUCAGGGCAGGGGAGGUUACUUUGACGACUUUGGUAUCAUCCGUGAUGUCAUGCAGAACCAUCUCCUCCAGAUUCUCUCCCUGGUUGCCAUGGAGAAGCCAGUCUCCACUAGCUCCGAUGACGUGAGAGACGAGAAGGUGAAGGUACUGAAGUGCAUUGCUCCAGUGAGUCUGUCAGAUGUGGUGCUGGGUCAGUAUGUAGGGGACCCGGCCGGGGUGGGAGAGGCCAGGCAGGGCUACCUGGACGACCCCAUGGUGCCCCAGGGCUCCUGCACGCCCACCUUCGCCACCGCCGUGCUCUACGUCCAGAACGAGAGAUGGGACGGUGUUCCUUUCAUCCUGCGCUGCGGCAAGGCUCUGAACGAGCACAAGGCUGAGGUGCGCCUCCAGUUCACCGACGUGCCGGGGGACAUCUUCGCCGAGCGCUGCCAGAGGAACGAGCUGGUGGUGCGAGUGCAGCCGGACGAGGCCAUCUACCUGAAGAUGAUGACCAAGAAGCCGGGAGCAUACUGCCCCGAGGAGACUGAGCUGGAUCUCACCUACAAGAGCAGAUACAAGGAUGUGAAGCUCCCUGACGCCUACGAGCGGCUCAUCCUGGACGUCUUCUGUGGGAGUCAGAUGCACUUCGUCAGGAGCGAUGAGCUGAUGGAGGCCUGGAGGAUCUUCACUCCCCUCCUCCACCACAUCGAGGGAGAGAAGACUCCCCCCAUUCCUUACACCUACGGAAGUCGGGGGCCGUGUGAGGCAGACCAGCUUUUGAGGAAGGUGGGGUUCCGCUACGAGGGAACAUACAAGUGGGUGAAGCCCCACACCUCAUGACACACACGCACAUAAAAGCACUCCUGCUUACUUUUACACCAAAUGUAAUGAGUUCAUUUGAACAAUUUUUGUCCUUUGGAUUGACAAUAUUUAUUCGAUCAUAAAUGAUUUUCUGCAUUUUCUUACAAUUACUUACAAUUCUAGAUCUCUCAGUUUUUCUCAUUAUAAUCAAUGUAUAAUCAUAAUAAUUAUAACUUACAUAUUAAUUUACACUGUGAUUGCAGCAUGAUACAAAUUAUGAUUGGGCUAAUUGUUCAUUUGAAAAAUAAAAUAUGAAAUACCUAAUUCAUUGAUAUGGUUUUGGUCUCCCUUUCAGUUUACUCAAAUUUAAAUAUCAUUAAUCAUUCAAUUGUUUUGUUUUUCUUUCACUCUCUCAAUAGUUCUGUAUUUCUGUAUUGUAUAAUCAAGCUACUGUCACUGUACCUGACUAGCCUUGGGAGUGAGUAUGCAGGGAUAACUGCUAGGUGUGCUGCAGGGGCUCUGUGAGUUGUCAUAAAACAAGGAGGUAGUGGAUUAGCACAGAAGGGUAAGUUUCGUCUUAAAAUAAUUCGCUUAUCAGUUCUUCAAAAUGAAACUAACCCUCCUACACCCUGACUCCCACUGUCUGCUGGGAGUACGUUCACAAAAUCCUUCAGCGCUCUCUCUGUCUCUCUGUCUCUCUCUCUCUCUCUCUCUCUCUCUCUCUCUCUCUCUCUGUCUGUCUGUCUCUGUCCGUCUCUCUCUCUCUCUGUCUGUCUGUCUCUGUCCGUCUCUCUCUCUCUCUCACUCUCUCUCUCUCUCUGGGCUCUGGCCAGGGAGGCUAUUAACACAGGCUGUCAUCAGCUGCUGACUGACGCUCCUUCCUGUUUCUUGUGUCUGUCCCUCCCAGGUACACAGCCUUACUGUAGGCCUCCCCAUUACUCCUUAUGCACACACACAAACACACACCCAUGCACGCACACACACUUGCUAGGCUGGUUUUAGAGGCCCAGAGGAAGGAGAAGACGUGAAGAAGCUCCACCAUUCCGGCUGAGUCAUCAAAAUGCUCUGAAACAUGGAUGUGGUCUCUGUCCUGGGGCUUUUUUUGUUGUUGUCGGGAAAACCAUUUAAAAACUGCCUCUGUUAAAAAUAGCUAGUAAUUUACAUUCCAUAUGGGAAUAACAUGUUAAUGCAAAAGCAAUUGGACUGGAAGAGUGAUGCUUUGUGAUAUUUGAAAAACAAUAAAAUGUUAGUCAACA